AUGGCGGACUUGCUGGGGUCAAUCUUGGGAUCCAUGGAGAAACCUCCGUCCGUGGGCACAGACGAACGGAAAAAAGCCAAGCUUCAAAAAGCUAUUCUAGAAAAGCAACAAGAAGCAGAAAAGAAAAAGCUUGACACCUUUCGGCAGCAGAUUCAGAAACAAAUACACGACUUUAUCAAGGAUGGGACAAAACAGAAAUUGAAGCUAGAGACAAUGGAGAAAGUGCUUCGAGCAAUCGUCCAUGAAGUGGCGGAAGUCGCAGGGCUGACUUCCUUCUCUUUCGGCCAGGAAGAAGAAGACAGAUAUGUUAUGCUGUGGAAAAAGGAGUUUGCUCCGUCUGACGAGGAGGUCCUUGCUUACCGCAAAGGAGAGGAGUGGGACCCUGAAAAGGCUAAGGAGCUCUCAAAACAGAAGGAGCUGGAGGAGAAGCUGGAGAGGGAGAGACUGCAGAACCCCUCGCAGCAGACGGCAGCUUCCAACUACAGGGACAAAUAUAAGCACCUGAUUGGAGACACAUCGGCCAAGGAGGCAGCCCGAGAGAUGGUUUCUAACUCAUCCUACGGCUUUGUGCCGAGCACAAACAAGCGCGAUCAGCGUACGAUAGAGCAAGUGUUGGCUGACACGCGAGCCAAAAAGAAACAGAAGUUAGAUGGCGCCACAGAUGUUUCGUCUUCCACAUCACAGUUACCUCCUUCGCCAACUCUGGGCACGGAGGGCAAAGUCAGCUCAGAUGAUGCUUCUGUAUGA